AUGUCACAACAUCAAGAUACAUCUGCUUCUAAAAAUACUAAGUCUACUCCAAAAUUUAGUGUUUCUCCCAUGGGCGUCCCUGAUGAUGAGAUUCUGGAUGUUGCUCCUCUCUCUGUUAUUCCCGCCGCAGACAUUGAUUUGAACCAACCAAUCUCCAUUGAUGCAUCCGCUUCUGCAUGUUCCAAUCAAGGUAAUCCCUCUAGUAUUCCGUCUGGUUCAACUCCUGUCACUAAGUAUAAGGAAGGAACACACUAUACUGAUCAUGUUAUAAGAGACAUAGUUACUAGAAUUCUUAAUGAAGGCCACUAUGUGAAGGGGGUUUCUACUCCCCUUGCUCAAAUGUAUUCCCCUCAUGAGGUUGAACAACCUAGUGGUAAGGGUGAUGAUUCCUCCAGUUCUGAAAAAGCCUUGGCUGCUGAAGGGUUGCGCUCUCUAGGGCAAACCGUGUCUGACAAAGGGAAAUUUGUGGCCUCUAACACGGCUAAUGCUUCCCACUCUAAGAAACAUGAUGAUGCAAAUGUUGUGAUUGAUCUAGAGGAUGGUAUCUCUGAUGAUCAAGAGGAAAGCUUGAUUCAUCACAUAAAGCCAAGUGUGGCUAAACGCAUGAAGACUCACAAAGGAAAAUAUGUGGCUGAACUUAUGUCAGCUAGAGAAGCUAAGAAGAUUGUUGUCAUUGGUCCCUCCAAACCAUGGAGCAAGGUUGAAAUAAAGAAGAGGAAUGUCAGAGAUGAUUCUGAGCCUGGAGAGGAUGUUGAGGAAGAUGUCCAUGACAUCUCGCCUGCGAAGAAAACUACUGUUAGGAAGUCUCAUAUUAAAGUACCUGUUGUUCAUUUGGAUAACAUCUCCUUCCAUCUUGAGGAUGGAGUUGCUAAGUGGAAAUUUAUGAUUCAGAGAAGAGUAGAUGUGGAAAGGGAAUUGGGAAAAGAUGUUGCUGAUACUGUUGCUGGGUUCUCUCAAUGCUACAAAGGUUUAGUCAAGGAAUUUAUUAUUAAUAUUCCUGAGGAUAUUUCUGAUAAGAAAAGCAAGGAGGUCUGCAAGGUGUAUGUGAGGGGCAGAAAUAAUGAAGGUGCAGGAGAAUUAGAGGUUACAGACAAUCAGGUCUGUAGGGAAAUUACAGCUAAGCAGGUGAAAGUUUGGCCUUUUAAAAAGCAUCUUCCUGCUGGGAAGUUGACUAUCAAGUAUGUUAUCCUGCAUAAAAUAGGAGCUGCUAACUGGGUCCCUACCAACCAUAUCUCCACCAUUGCUAAUAUUUUUGGGAGGUUUAUUUUUGUUGUUGGGACAAAAGUGAAAUUUGACUAUAGUGGAUAUAUGUUUGAUCAAAUCAUCAAGCAUGCAACUACUAAUGCAGUUAAGUUGCCAAUUGCUUUUCCCUCUAUGAUCUGUGGAAUUAUCUUGAAUCAACAUCCUGGUAUUUUGUGCUCAAAUGAUUUACCUAGUAGGAGAAAACCAGCUCUGUCUGUGCACUACAAACUCUUUGAAGGCAGUCAUGUCGAGGAUAUUGUCAUGACAUCUGCCAUGAGGAGGUCAGUCUCAAAAGUUGGAGCAAUUGCUGAGCUUAAGGAGACAUGCAAAGAGCUAGGUGAAGGGAUUAGGGUAGCCACAGCUAGAAAACAAUCUUUGGAAGCCUUGAUUGAAAGCUUGGAGCAGGCUGAGGGUGAAAAUGUUGAACAUGCUAAUGUCAGCCAUGAAGAAGAAGCUAAAGCCAACACCUCUAGUGAGAGGUUUGCUAACAAUGAUGAUGCGAGUGGCAAUUCUGCUUCUGGUGUUGCUGAAGAGGCUGCAAACUCAAGCUCUACUGAGUAG